CGGCGGGGUGGGCUAGCCUGACCGGGUGCUCGCGGCAGGCCUCGAGGAGGACCGGCAGGGACCGGCAUGGCCAGGGAGGCGACUUCUCCUCCUUUGCCGUCCCGGCGGCCAGGCCUGCUUCCUUACUGCCGGGCUGGCGCGGGGCUGGGGACACCACAGGGGUUCAGGUGACUCCCAGUUUCGUUCGGCGGCCUGGAGACCUAGAGAGCAGGGAAGCCCCGUAGGACUUCACACAGCCUCCUUUCUCCGUCCCCUCCCCCCCUCCCCCCACCAGGGCUGGGAUUCGAACUAACUUAAGCAUUCUAGUGCUUACCACUGAACUAUAUCCCCAGUCCUGUUUUGUUUUGUUUUUAAGUGAAAUGAGAAGUCACCGAAAUGCAAUCAAAGAAGUAAAGCUUUGAUGACCAGACUAACACUAGGGACAGGACUGCUAAUAAGGCCCUGGUGGUGAUGUGGGCAAAGAGGGAGCUGCCCAUGUGUUGAUGGGAGUCAAAGGCGACAGAACCAAAGGCUGACAGACCAUUAGGGAAGAAGGCAGCUAGAAGCCGGGAGGGGAAUGGAUUGGAAGAAAGAAUUUUUCAAAAGUUCUGCUGAGAAGCUGAGGAAGUUGAGCUUUGCAAAUGCGUGGCAGCUAGGCAGCCUGCGGUCCAAGAACAUCAGCACGGGAAUGGCCAUAGCUGGGGUCGUGUUACUAAUGAGGAGUGUCCGACUGACAUCAAAAUUUACAGCCUCUUCAGAUAUUCCAGUCGAGUUUAUAAGAAAGAAAGUGAAGCUCCGUGGCCGAUUACACCGGAUAACCGAACGUGGUCUAGAAAUUGAACAUGUUCCUAUUACUUUACCUUUUAUAUCUUCGUGGAAAAAAGAGCCACGUGGGGUUUUGCUGGUUAAGCUGGCUGGAGUAGAACUCACUGAAACCGGUCAGGUCUGGUUACAGAAAGAGCUAAAACCUUCCCAGCUGCUGUGGUUCCAGCUUCUUGGAAAGGAGAAUUCAGCACUCUUUUGCUACCUUCUAGUGAACAAGGGUGGAUACUUUAACAUGAAUCUGAAUGAGGAAAUUUUGAGAAGAGGCUUGGGCAAAACUGUUCUUGUUAAAGGGCUAAAUUAUGACUCAAAAACCCACUGGAAAAUCCACAGAAACUUACUUAAGGCUGAACUGACAGCCGUAAAGAAAGGAGAAGGAAUAUGGAAGGAAGAGUCUGAAAAAGAAAGCUAUUUGGGAAAAUUCAAGGAUUCCUGGAGAGAAAUAUGGAAAAACGACAAUUGUUUAAAAACAAGCAGACCAGAUUUCCACUUGACCACUGACAGGUUUCGGAGGGCUUAUGGAGACUGGAAGGACCACCUGGGCAACUUCUCUUUAGUUCUGAAACUCAGAGAACUUGUGAGCCGCUUGCACUUCAGGAGAAAAAGAUGAAGCAUCCUUGAGGUCCAGAGGUGACCUCUGACGAGUGCAUGACUAUAUGACCACUUUUCAUUGAGUCAAAAUGGGAAUUUCUUCAGGUGACCAAAAUUCUAGUCUAGUGGUCCUUAAAGAUUCAAAACAUUGUUAACACCAAAAUCAAUUUGAAAGAAUUAUGAUCAAUGUAAUAUACUUUCAGGAAAAAAAUGACACACUGUAUCGUUACCUGGGAGAAGGCUGUAUCCAUGUAGAACUAGUGUUUUGCCUGUUUCUUCUCCUGCCCUGCCCCACUAGUGCUGUGGAUUGAACGCAGGGCCUCAUGCACCUUGGAUUCGCUAGCAUACCAUGGCCGAGUCUCAUUGCCAGCGCCAUAUUGCUAAUGUCUCAAGAGAAAGUUCAAGUAUUGACUGUUAAAUUAGUUAUUUGGCACAGCCAGAUUUAAUAUUUGUUUUUCAAUGUCAUCAACUUUAUAAUAAAGGAAGUUUUGGAAUGUU